GGCUCCUUGAGUCAAGCGGAGGGUAAAGGAAGAGUUGGAGUUGUUCGGAGGACGAGUGGAAGCAGAAUAGCCAGUUGGACUACUAUGCUUCAAGUACCACUUAGGCAGCCUCCACAUCGUUUGGGUGGCGUCCAUAAAGUUUCAGACCCCAGGAGUGAGACUCAUAUUGAGUAUAUCAUUGAUCCAAUGAAUGGUAAGGUUGAGGGAGAGGAUAUGGAGGUUGAGAUGAAUGUGCCAGCUCUUGAGAUUGGACCUUCUACAUCUAGAGCAGAACCACCUAUGCACUCUUAUACUA